ACUCUGACGUUUUUAUAAACAGCGAUGGCUUCCAAAACAAGAAAAUCAGAUCCAUUGUCGCGAUAUUUUGAAGAAUUAAAUGACGACGAUUUAAGUAACAGUUCUGAUGACGAAUUGACUAUUGAGAGUAAUGGCAAUGGAAAAAAACUUAAUAUUUUUAAUGCUAACAAAAAAGUUGAAUUGAAUACAAGUAACUCUAAAAACGACACCACAUCAAGCAAAUCAGCAAGUUGCAAAGACGGUGCCGGUGAGAAACUUCUUGAAGAAACUAAUAAAUUUGCUACAAAAAAACUUCCAUCUGCCCACGAAUGCUUAAAAUCUCAAAGUAAACCAGCUUUUUUACAAGUAUUAGAAAAAAGGGAACCAAACUGGGAUGUAAUGGAAAAACGGCUUGAUAAAGCUGAAGACAGUGAAAGCACUAUUAAUUUUAAAAGCAAUGCAGUUCCACCUCCUUCAACAUAUGAGCCUAUGACUGAUCCAGGCAUAAAGGUUGUUGAUCAAGAAGGGAGGAAAAGAAAAAAUAUUGGUAGGCUAUGUGACUAUGUGUUAUAAAUGAAUAUAAAAUGUAAUGAGAAACUUAACCUAAAUAUUCUGGUAAUCUACCACUUGAGUGUCGGCCAACAAAAAAUCCAGCUGUUCCGGUUGGAAGGGCUAUUUAAACAACUAUUCUUGUAUUAUUUUUAAUGACAUUGGUUGUACGUAUUCAUUCCCAUAAUAAUAGACAAUUUUUUUUUAAAUAGAAAAACUAUAACAAUUUUUUUUGAAAUAGAGGAUAAUGUGUGAAAAUGGAAUUAUGCAUAGUUCUCCCCCCAGUUGACCAUGAAGUUUUAAAAAAUAUAAUUUCCACGAAAACGGUUGUGGUACAUGAAUCCACGUAAAUAUGAAGGGGAAAGAUCACCGGCGCUUCUUGUGCCAAACUGUCUUUUUAGUUUACGCUUUCUGAGCAUCCACGUUUUCCACAUUCUGUGUGUGGACAUCCGCGUUAUCUGGAUAAAAAAAAAUUAUUGUAGUCUCUUUUUCUUCCUGGCAUAUCGGUAGCUUGACAGUAAAAAUUAUUUAAAUGUAUAAGCAUUAGUAUUGUGCUAUAUAACUUUAUAUUAUAGCCUUGGAAGCAAAAAUAUUAACAGACUCCAAUGUAAGAAUAGUUGUUUAAAUAGCCCUUCCAACCGGUACAACUGGAAUUUUUCUUGGCCGACACUCAAGUGGUAGAUUACCAAUAAUAUUCUAUAAUUUAUAAUCUUGGAUUGUCAAUAAUACCAAGGUGUUACUUGAGUGUUACUAGAUUUAACUAUUAGUAACUAUUAGUAGAUACUUCGCCGAAGCAAGGGACACUCCUAGUAAAUUUGUAUCGGAAAUGGGUGUCGGCGCAAUAGGAUCCGACUUUUAAAUUUUUUCAUGUGCAUGUAAUUUGAAUAAAUUAGGAGUCCUUUUGCUCCAUAAUUAAGGUUUGACUCCACCCAUUAACGUUUGGAGAAAUGUUGAACUACAUUCCCAUUGAGUUCAUUUGUUCUUUAUCUCAUCUUUAAGUGAGGAAAAUCGUAUGUCAAUAUAAGGCAUCUUCGCAUUAAAAAUUCAGUUUAAAUAUUUAAAGUAGGUCUUUCAUAUUAAAAGUGGGCCUGCAUAAUUUGUUGAAGUACAUGUAUGCAAAAUUUCAUUGAGAUAGCUCAUGAAACAUUUUCACAAUUCUCCUCAACAUUGACUUCAUUAUGCAAAGGUCGCACAGGCUAUUUUGGAUUAGUGAUCCCACCCCCUUUUAACUGGCCAAAAAUGCCAAUACUUAGCUUAGAAAAUAUUCAUUAUUACCUCUAUAUACAUCAAAAUAUUUGAUAACUUGUGUUUCAGAAUGCAUUUUGAAGACAUUUAAACUAGAAUGUUUAAAUUUGAGCUUUAAAAACCCGGUAGAGUCCAUAUUAUUAACGAUCAGAAUUGACAGUGUGCAAAAAGUCAUGGGAAACCAUUCACAGCCAUUUGCAUAAUGCUAUGCCAUAGUACUACCCCAAGUUUCAUUCAUAAGAGUUUGCAGUGUGCAAAAACUAUUAACACCAUUGGUCAGGGAAAGCUUUAGUUCAUUAUUUAUGUGCCAAAGUUGAAAGUUCAAAAUAAGUUGAUCCCAUAUAAUAUUUUAGUAGGUGCAUUGCCUCAUAUAGACUAUAUAGCAUAUACCGGUAUAAUGGACACAACUUCCAUAAACAUAUUUUCGUACAAUUGUAGCACUUUAAUAAUAUGCUGUUUGUUUUUCUAUGGGUGUUAGUAAAAUAAACUUUUUUGUUGUUAGAAAAACAUCACUGCAUCGAGUUUUAGCGGAAUUUAAAAGAUAGAUUUUUACUCCCCUCUGUCACAAUCGCGUUAACCUUUUAUGCUAUUUAUAGAAUGACCUUUGAAUUGUGUCUAAUAGCUGGUCCAUUUUUACACAAAAAUACAAAAACAAUGCUAAAAUAAGAAGCCUCGCAAGACUGGACAUAUUUCCCAAACAGAACCUCUAAAUUUUCAUUUUACCGAUCUUUCACGGCAUUGACUGAAGCUCAGAAAAUGGCCGACUCACUCGACAGUCGAUACAGAAAAUUAUGCUUUAUCAGAUCUUCUACGCUUAGCAGGUAUGUAAAAACUAAAUAAUAUAGUGAAUUAUUGGUUUAAAAAUUCCGUUCCUAUGCUUUUUGCAUGUAUGUUUGAAAUAUUAAUAAUAUUUUACUCAUUUUGUGUGCACCUCGACUUCUGAACUCUAAGCGUAAUUAAUGAAGAUUGCUUAUUAUAAUUAACUUUAAUUGAUAUAUUUAAAAUGUUAAGUUUGUUAUAUAUAUAUAUAUAUAUAUAUAUAUAUAUAUAUAUAUAUAUAUAUAUAUAUAUAUNUAUAUAUAUAUAUAUAAUUUCAUGUCAUGUCCACACCAGCAAUAUUUAAAUAAAUUCAAAUUUGAAGAAAAAAACUGUCAAAAUGUUACAACUUUUAAAUUGUGUGUAUUCUAUAUUCUACAGCUGGUGAACAGUAUGAUGCCUUACAAAACAUUCCUGGCUUGUGGAAAAGGAAGAAGACAGCUUUGCCCCAUCUAAUUAUAGACAACAAACUGUUGCUUCAGUUGUUCACAUUAAAAGAAGCCAAUGACAAAUCAUGGGAGCAGGUACUCACUUUUGUUUACUAGAUUUAGGGGCGUGAAUGUUUGGUAGGGGAAGAUUGUAUUGUGAGUUGUAGGUCGUGAAGUUGGUUCGUGAUGUUUAGCUUUAUGGUAUGCCGAGUUUUAUUGUGUAGGGAUAUAACAGGCAGUGAAAAGUUAAGAAGAUCAUAACACUUACUUCCUAUUGAAAGUAAUUGCAAACUAUUUUUAAUUUAAAGUAAAAGCAUCUUUGUUCAAAACUACAUUUUGUUCAUGCCUUUCUUUUUUAAUUCCUAUUUUAGCUGGAAUCCUGCUUUGCUCUAAUUAAAGGUCCAACCCAUGGUUGAAAAAUUUCUGAGGAAAUUGAUUGACCACAAAGAUUUGAACAGUUUUCCUGUGCCAAACUUUAGAUAUGGAUUUCAUGAGUUCCACUCUAUCUUCUUUUGGAGUAACAAAGAGAGUAAUCAACUUUCCACCAGAAGUGUCAACAGUACAUUCAGUUGAGUUAGAGGGAGUAGUAAAUGUCUUUGUUAUUGAUUUUUACAAAUGUUGUAUUUUAAAAUCUACUGACAAAGAGACCAUUGAAUUACUUUUUGAAUGGUGGCAUUUAUAUUAUUUUUCUCUUCUACAGAAGCUCAUUACUAAAUCUAAUAACUUAAAAUUCAGUGGUGAUAUUAUCCAUUUAUCUGAUUUACUAAAAAUGCAUUUUCAAAUUGAAAAUAAUAUGUAAUCUGAUUUUUUAAAGUGAUAUUUACUAAUACCCACCCACUCUGUACUUACACAUUUGCACAUUUCUUUUUUUUUUUUUUUUUAAACUUUGCUAUUUAAGAUUUUUUUUUUUUUCGCAGAGUGUUUUACCUAUUGUUAAAUUAAAGAGUUGUAAAAUAUAUUUUAUUUUUUUGUUUUUUUUGUUUUGUCCUUUGGAGUUUACAUUUUCUCUUUUUUUUUUUUUUUUUUUUAAACUUUGCUAUUUAAGAUUUUAUUUUUUUUCGCAGAGUGUAUUACCUAAUGUUAAAUCAAAGAGUUGUAAAAUAUAUAUUAUUAUCUUGAUUUAUUUGUUGUGUCCUUUGGAGUUUAAGUCAAACUUCAAAGAAACAAUUUAAAAAAAAAUCAUUUUUGUCCUCGACUUCUGUCAAAUGUUUAUAUUAUUCUAUGGUAUUUUAUGGUGUCAGUUAUGCUUAUUUUAUAUGAAGACUACUAUUAUCUUCACUUCCUAAGUGAUUUCAAACAUAUAGGAUGUUAUUUAUUAUUUUUUUAUAUAUUGUAAAAAGUGUGAAAUAAACUACCACCCCUUUACUAUUUUGCUAUUUGUCAAAUACAUAUUGUUCUAAAGCAGGAGUCUCCAAACUAUGGUCCAUUGACCGGCUGCGGCCCGCGAUGCCCUCUCAUCUGAUCCAUGGAGACCUUUUUUUGACGCGUAUACUGCCAAGAUCAGCCGCCGCUUACGUGGACGUUAUGUUUUUACCAAAUUUAAAUAGAGGCAGAGGCGCGCAAUAGUGCGCUACGUUUUCCAACCGAUCACUACAUUACAAAAUAAUGAACUGCAGCUGGAGGUCAUUGAGUUGCAAGCAAAUGACCUCCUUAGGGACAAGUUCCAAGAAGGACUGGUGGGUUUUUACCAGUUUUGCCCAAGGAAGACUUUCCUAAUGUCAAAACUUUUGCAUCAAGUUACCUUUCAAUCUUUGGAACAUACCUGUGUGAACAAACAUUGAAAGAAAUGAAAUACGUGAAGAACAAUCUUGUCCGAAGAUAAUUUUAGGUCAAUGUUGAUGUUAUGGAAAUAAAAUCUAAAGCCAGAAAUACUGCUAUUUUGGCAGCCAGGAAACAAUUUCACCAUGUUUACUAAAACAGGUGUUCAUUUGUCAAUGUCCAAUAAAAUAAUAACUUAAUUAAAUAAUAUUAAAUAAAUAAUUGAAAAGAACACCCAUGUUCUAGUGUGUAGGCGGCCCCCAAAUUGCUUCUUCUUCUUCUCUUAAUCUGUAUAUUAAGGGCCCACGAUCAAUUUAUUGAUCAUUUUGGCUCCUAUGCAUGUAGAGGGGAUUUGCAAUGUUUCUGUGCCUGGUGUUGAUGAGGACAUUUCACUGAUUUCCAGUGCCACUUUGUGAGGGAAUCAUGCACUUGGGGUUUGAAGGCUUGAGGCAAUAGACACAAAUGUGUCUAGUGUUGUCGCCUCAACUGUUCCUUUUGAAAGUUUGUUCCAGUCCCUGAUUGUCUUGGACAGGAAUGAACUGGCUUCUUGCUGGUAUGAGCCUGAAUUGCCUGUCAUGGCCUCAUCGCUGUCUAUGGGGGCGAGGGACGAGUUUCUGUAAAAUACUGGAACAGUGGACCAGCCCAUUAUUUAUCUUGUACAUCAUGGAGAGCAUGGAUUGUCGUCGUCGCUCCUCCAAUGUUUGAUAGUUAAUGCGGGCCUGGGGCUGAAAAGUUUUGAGACCCCUGGUCUAAAGUACUUCUUGUUUGCAUACUUGUAUAGAUCUUUGAUUCUCUUUUAAAUUGAUAUAUGAAUGAUGUUAAUGAGUAAAGAAGAUAAUUUUUGGUGAAUUUUAAAAAAUGGGUAAUUUUUGUGAAGUUUUUGCCUCCCUUGUUAAAAUUUGAAAAUUUUACAGAAUGCCAUCUUUAUGACAAAUUAAAAGAGUUUGAUUUCCCAUACUCUUGAAAAAAAUUGUGUUUGUUUUCUGUAUAGUAUUAUGUAAGUAUUGUAAAGGAAAUGAGUGCAUUGACAUACAUUAUAAGAUAAUGACUCAUGAAUAUGGGUCUUUGUCAGUUCAUAAAAAGUAACAGGGAAAUUUUUUUAUAAGCAGUGGCGACGCCAUCAAAUUUAACAUGGCGGGUCCCUUGCAGGUCUUAAAAAAAUUUGGCGGGUCCCAAAUAAAUGUAUUAAAAAUAAAAUUUAUUUAUUAAGUAAUAUUUAUUAAUCUACUAACUUAACCCAUUAUUGACUUUUGUUGUCGAUAAAAUAGCAUAAAUUUCUUAACAAUGGUCGUAAAGUCAUACAUUUAAUGUCCACAUUCUUAGAAUUCUUAGAUCUUGCAUCUUAAACACUCAAAAAUGUUAUUGGUUUAGUUUGACAAAUUAGUUUGGAGUACCUAUUACUAGAUUGUUUAUGAAUAACUUGUUUUUUUUUUAAAUACCGGUAUGCAAUAAUUAGCCUGGAGUCAUUCAUUGACUUUUGAAUGGUUCAAAGUUGAAUUAGUUACAGUUAGAUCCUAUAUGGGCUAUAUUAAGUGCUGCUUAAAAUUCUUUUAAAAAAUGCAUACGACUUAGUCAAACAACUCAAAGGGUGUGUAUGACUUAGUCAAACAACUACAAGGGGUGUAUGACUAAGUCAAACAACUCAUUUGGAGUGUAAGACUGUAAUGCUUAGUAAAAAAACUCACAAGGGGUGUAAGACUUACUCAAACAACUCACUAGGGGUGCACGACUUAGUAAAAAAAUUCACAAGGGUUGUAAUCAAAGAACUCACAAGGGGUGCAGACUAUAGAAAAGUUUGGAAAAAAAAACUGAUUUAUAUUAUUGAUAAGUAGAGUCCGACCGAAAGUGAUUUUCUGAUUUCGGCCGAAGCCGAAAAUAGGCCGAAAGAUUAAAAUGACUUUCGGCCGAAACCGAAAAAAUGCCGAAAGUUUAAAAAUGACUUUCGGCCAAAACUGAAAAAAGGCCGAAAGUUAAAAAUGAAUUUCGGCCGAAGCCGAAACCGAAAAUGAAAUAUUAAGAUAUUUUGAAAUUCGUUCCCGCAUACAUUCUGCAUACAUCGAAAAUGAUGUGGGAAAGUAUAAAUAUUUACAUUCUUUUUAUAAAAAAUGAGAUAAUCAUGAAUAUUAAUAAAUAAACUUCUAAUAUAGGGGUCUCAAACUCGCGGCCCGCAAACUCAUUUGUGACCCGCAAGACUAUGGGAGUGAAGUUUCAUGGCACAUUGCGGCUAAUUUUGUUGCUUGAGAAAUUCUUUAGAUUUCUUGUGUUUCUGCUUCAAAAACAUUUGUCUUUGUAAGAUAUUUACUAUGGGCUGACUAUGAACCUGUACUACAUAACGAAUAACAUCUUCAUAAAUUUGGAUCAAUAAAAGAAUCUCAUCUCUUCUAAUUUCUUUUUUGCACCUCAUAAGUUUGAUUGCAUCCAAAUGUUUGACAAUGUUUUGUGUAUCUCAUAAGUUUGAUUGCAUCCAAAUGUUUGACAUGUCUUGUGUAUCUCUUAAGUUUGAUUCCAUCCAAAGUGACAAUGUUUUGUGUAUCUCAUCAGAUGACUAAUAGAAUGUUCAACCAUGUUUUGUUCUAGGUGACGACUUACAAGAUCAGAUGACAUCAACCAAGGCCUUCAAGGUUCAUAAAGAUGAUAAAGAGGAAGAUGAUAAAGAGGAAGAUGAUAACUGAUGAACAGCACAAGGGUUAAAGAUUACACUUUCACCAGCACUUUUGUAAUGUUGUAAAUAUGUUUAUAAAAAUAUGAGAUAUAAACAGUAUUCAUAAAAAGAUAUAUUUGUUUUUAUUCAUUACUUGUAUUUAUGAUUGAAAUUAAAGUGAGCCUAGUUGUUAUCUAAAUACAUACAGGUACAACAGUGUGGUAGUCAACCAGUAAUCAAUCAAA